AUGGGCGAUGAAAACCCGAGGAAAUUAAAAUUGGUUAAACUGUACUACUACUUUAACUUGCAUUGGACACUCCUGGACACGAUUUCGGAGGUCGCUUGUUUGAUUAACGGCCUGGUCAAAGGAGAAGACUUCGGAGAAGUGACCUUCGUCGCUCCUUGUAUGAUCCUGUGUCUGAUGUCGUUCACCCAGUCCGUCUACUUCACCCGAAAAUUGCACAUCGUCGAAGAUUUAAUGAGAUCAGUGAGGCUGCAUCUGUCGAAAGUUUACGAACAGGGAAUGUUCGAUGAGAAGGUGGAACUACUAAAAAGGACCUUUAAAACUGUUGACGUAAUGAUAACGGUCCUGAGCAUCACCUUCCGCGGUGGCUUAACAUUUUUUGGCCUGAGUCCCAUAUUUAGAAUCACCAAACAGUAUUAUUUUAAUGAGCCUAUUUAUUACACGCUUCCUUACCUAGUAUUAUAUCCUUUCGACAUACAAGUGAUUGCUAAUUGGUUGAUAGCUUAUGUUCACAUUAUGUGGACGGCAAUCGUCCUAGUAUUAACUUUAGCGUCAACGUACUUCGUGUGCUACAUCUGCAGUGCCGCUAUUUCCUGUCUAUUUGAGUUUUUAUGCCUGGAUAUGAACAGAUUCAUAUUUAAUUUACACAGUAGAAGACGGCCUGAUUUAGUAGAGGAAGAUUUGUAUCAAUUUGUGAAGAUGGCACAACGCCAUAAGGACCUAAUAAGAAUCGUCGAGCAAAUGGAUGAUAUAUUUUCACUAUCUAAUCUACUAAAUGUCGUAGCCAGCUCUAUUUUAAUUUGCCUUACUGCAUUCAAUGUUAUGAUAUUUAAUGAUUUGAUAGUGGUACUGCCAUUUCUACAAUUUUUGGGUUUUUGCCUCGGACAAAUAUUUUUGAUUUGCUAUUUCGGUGAUCAAGUCAUGAGAUCAAGUUUGAAAUUAAGUGAUACAUUAUACGAAUCCCAAUGGAUAUUUGCCGAUAAAAGAAUUGUGAAAAAUAUUUUCAUAAUGUUAUUGAGAGCUCAAAAACCGAGUAAAUUUACUGCAUACGGAUUCGCUAAUAUCAACUUGGAAACCUGCACUGCAAUUCUCAGUAAAUCGACGUCGUACUUCGCGUUAGUACGAACUUUGUACUUGAAAUAAUUUUAGAGCACUCAGGCAUUAUAGCUCU